AUGACCACGAAAAGUACGACCGACUUCGUCGAAUCGACAGAUCCGGCUGGAGGGAAGACCAAGGCCCAGAUUCUCACUGACGUCUUCUCUCUCGCGACCCAAUUCAGCACCUGUGUUGAAGCUUUCAAUCUCAUCCAUCCAUCCAAAGAUCAAGACCAUGCGCAGAAGGUUGUGCUCGCAAAGCUCGGCCUUCAGCAGGGCAGAUUGCUGAUCUUUGGCGAUGCGGUGGGUAUCACUGCGCCACCCGCGACAAUUGCACGACACAUGAUUCCUAGCCAUCCUGGCAUCACAAAUCCAGAUCCGCAUGUGCCUGUGCACUUUGGUGUCAGAGAUCCGAGGCUUGAUGACGAGGUCAUCAACGCGAAGGUUCGCAGAGCGCUCCACGAGAUCGCAGGACGCCCAAGUACCAUGUCGCGAGACGAACUGAUGCAUGUAUACGGCUUGAAGAGUCCAAAAACGUUCUCGCGCCUCGAAUAUCCAGCACUAGACACAAACCGCCUGGAAGGCUUCCGCGAGAAGUUCACCCUACUGAAGGAUCUCCUCAACCAGACAGGCGCGCGGGCAAGUCUGAAGCGCAACAUGAGUAUAACAACUUCCCACUGGACUGUCAAGGACACCAUGCGCUUCAGCGAAUACGUCAAAGUUGUGCGCACCGAAGUUGAUGCGCUCAUCGAUCUCAUGGGUGUUAAAGAGCAGGUUGACCGUGGAAUCCGAUCCGAUCUUAAGAGCAUGGGCUGGCACCCAGACCUAACAGGGCCAGCAGUACGACAGGAUUGGGAAAAGUUGCGUCUGAUCCGCGAAGCCUGUGUAGUCGAUUAUCCCGAGUACAUUGAAGUCAUUGACAAGGCCAUGCAGUACAUCAGCGAAGAAGUCAAGGAAUCCAACCUCGCUCGAAAUCGUGCUGUGUUAGGCCUUUCAGAAUCUAACAUGGACGCAGCAGGCGCGCGUCGGAAGUCAGACUACGACAUCCGCUCCGCGCCAGCCCCUGCGCCAGCCCCCGUCGCCGGACUCAAACCCGCAAAACCGGAAGCAAAAUCUCACAUUCAACUUGCUGCCGAACGAGCCCUAAAUCCGAAUGCGGGCAAGGAAAAGCGCCCAGGCUGGCUCUCAGCCUUCAAGUUCAAAUCCUGGUCCAAGAGCAGCAAAACCGCAAAUGGCAAGCAGCGCUCAAACAGUGUUCCACAUACGCCAACUGUAGACCCUCAACGCUCCCUCUCCGCAGCCGAAGCAACAGAUCAGGUCUCAGAAGACUCAAACAUUCUCCAAGCCGUGCGCUCCAAGUCCCUCAGCGCAAUUCCCAGCGACUACACUCCACCAUCAAACCUCGACUCUCGCGUCCGUAAACUCAGUCUUGACCACGGGGACAUGGCGGGCAUACCGCCCAUUCAAGAAAACGGCGGGGAAGUAAUAAGUUUCCCUGAAAGGAACGGACUGGCUGGUUUCGAUGUCGAUAUGGAUAAGAAUGCGCUGGUGCAGGUAGAUACCGCGAAGAGUGAGGGAAGCAAAGAUGGUUUAGAGAACAUCAAGACGGCGAAUAGUUAUAUCGAUCGCCAUGAUAUGUAUCCUGCUGUGGGGCGGAUCGAAACUAAGGAUAUCAGGAAUGUGGCGCAUACGCCGGGGCUAUGA